CGCUUGAUGAUGACGUAGUGCAACAUGCGACGAGGAGCCGUGUUCUCCACGUUGUUUACAAGAAGGUACUGCCAGUGUGUUUUCAACUUGCUUUAUUGCUCGGUUUACUCUUAAAUCAUGGAGAAAAAAUCCACCGGGAAUAAACCUAAACCUGCAAAGAUGAAAGACAGCGCAGACCCCGUCAGAAACUUCGAGAAAUGGAAGAAAAAAUACAACAAGACGAAAGCACGAGUGAAGAGCGACAGAGCCCCAAAGAAGCCCGAGUGGCAGGUCGAAAGGGAGUAUAUCGAAAAGCUAGUCAGCAGGUAUCCUGACAUAAACAGCAAGGAGGCUGUCAGGUUUUCAGACUUCCCCAUUUCAAAGAAAACCUUGUUAGGUUUGCAGGGGAUGCAGUACCGACAGCCCACCGAGAUCCAGAGGCAAACUAUCGGCUACGCUUUGCAGGGUAAAGAUGUCCUCGGCGCUGCUAAAACCGGCUCUGGGAAGACUUUAGCCUUCCUCAUACCGGUGCUGGAGUGUCUGUACCGCCAGCAGUGGAGCUCAGUGGACGGCCUCGGUGCCCUCAUCAUAUCCCCCACCAGAGAGCUCGCCUAUCAAACCUACGAGGUCCUCCGCAAGGUGGGCAAGAACCACGAGUUCUCCGCGGGGCUCAUCAUCGGUGGUAAGGACCUGAAGAGCGAGUCCGAGAGGAUCCACAACACCAACAUCGUGAUCUGCACCCCGGGACGCCUGCUCCAGCACAUGGACGAGACGGCCACCUUCCUCGCCUCAGACCUCCACAUGCUUGUUCUUGACGAGGCGGAUCGCAUCCUGGACAUGGGGUUUGCGGAUACCCUCAACGCCAUUGUGGAGAACCUCCCCAAGACCAGGCAGACGCUGCUGUUCUCCGCGACGCAGACCAAAUCCGUCAAAGACCUGGCCCGCCUCAGCCUCAAAGACCCAGAGUACGUGUGGGUCCACGAGAAGGCCAAGUUCAGCACACCUGCCACCCUGGAGCAGAGCUACGUGGUGUGUGAGCUCCACCUGAAGGUCAACAUGCUGUUCUCCUUCAUCAGGAGCCACCUGAAGAAGAAGAUCAUCGUCUUCUUCGCCUGCUGCAAGGAGGUGCAGUACUUGUUCCGGGUCCUCUGUCGCCUCAGACCUGGCAUGCCCAUCCUGGCUCUGCAUGGCAAGCAGCAGCAGAUGAAGAGGGUGGAGGUGUACAACGACUUCCUCAGAAAGAAGAACGCGGUGCUCUUAGCCACAGAUAUAGCCGCCAGAGGCCUGGACUUCCCCACGGUCAACUGGGUGCUGCAGUUCGACUGUCCGGAGGAUGCAGACACCUACAUCCACAGGGUGGGCCGCACCGCCAGGUACAAGGAGGGUGGGGAAGCCCUCCUGCUGCUGCUGCCCUCUGAGGAGAAGGGUAUGAUUGGACAGCUGCAGGAGAAGAAGGUCCCCAUCAAUAAGAUCCAGGUGAACCCAGAGAAGCUGCAGAACAUUCAGCAGAAGCUGCAGGCCUUCCUGGCCCAGGAGCAGGAGCAGAAGGAGAGAGCUCAGAGGUGUUUCGUUUCCUACCUGCGCUCCGUCUUCCUCAUGAAGAACAAAGAGGUGUUUGAUGCCUUCAAACUCAAGCUCAACGAUUACGCUCAUUCUCUAGGCCUCGCCGUGGCUCCGAGGGUUCGCUUCCUGAGUAAAGCCCAGGCACAGAAAGAGGAGAAAGAAGCAAAGAGAGAGGAGGAGGAGGAGGAGUGUGAAGAAGAGGUGGAGCUGAAGAGCUUUAAGGCCCAGCUGAAGGGGAACAAUCCGGAGGAAAGUCAGAGCUCAGAGUCAGAAGAGUCAGGUGAUGAUGAGGAGGAAGGUGGUAGGGAAGGAGAUGAGGAUCAGAAGGUAUUAGGUCUGGGUGCAGACAGCGAUGAGGACGAAGAUGAUCUAAGAGACUUGGACUUGCUGACAGUCAAAAGAAAAGACGUGUUCAAUCUGACGGGGGAUGGCGAGGGUUCAGAUGAACCUGACGAGGACUCGAAUGUGAAAGUGGAAACAGAGACGAAGUUUAAAGAAGCCAAAAAGAUCCUCAAGAGAAACUUCCAGGUCAACACCAAAGUGACGUUCAGUGAGGAAGGACAGGCCGUGCAGACGUGGCCCCCUGUGCAACGGGCGGUGACUGCUGAUGAUGAAGACGAGGGGGUUUCAGGGAUCAACAUGGAGAAGGCCAGGGAGAGGCUGAAGCGCGAGGACCAGGAGUUCGACAAGCUGGAGUACAGACGCAAGGUGAAGGCCAAACACACGGAGAAGAGGCUGAAGGCCAAGGCUGCCAGGAAGGAGACCAGCAAGCACAGAAACAAGUCUGACGAUGAGGAAGACGAGGUGAUUGCUUACCUGGCCAAUCACAGCGACGACGAGUUUGACCCAAGCUCCCUGCCAGACCCUGACAAAGUGAGAUCUGAGGAGGAGGAGGAGGAGGAGGUGACAGCAGCCAAACGGCAGCACAGCAGCGGUGAGGAAGAGGAGGAGCACACAGUGGGGAAGAGGAAGAAAGCGAGGCAAGAGAAGGAGGAUAACACGCCCCUGGACACUGGCCUGUCUCUGGCUGAAGACGAGGAGUUAGUCUUACAUCUGCUGGGAGGCGGGAGGUAGACAGGAAAGAGGAGGCGGAGCUUAAAGGAGGCUUUUCCAACAAUAAACUGGUCUUUUAAAUAAAGUUGAAUUACAAAAUCAAGAGUGAAAUGACUAGAGGACAUUUUUGAGUCUCUUUGUAAACCUUGAUGACAUCAUUAUCAGGUUUCUUUUCUUCAUAAUGAACAACUGGAGUAGUUACUUUGUUUAAUGGCUCUAACAUCUCUAGUGAUGCAGGAAUGAGUCAAUAAACCUUAGAAUCAUUCCGUUUUCUUUUUAACAUGUUAUUGAUUGGACGCCUGUGAUGUUUCCGUUUUGUUCAACAACCCAAAAUAUGCCAGUGAUUACCCCGUUCGUGAUUAUCCAAAGCUUUCAUGUGUUUAAAAAAAAAAAGGCGGUUGCUAACAAAUGUUUAAAUGAGACUGCUUAAUGUCAGCAUGGCUAACUAGCUGCUUUUAGUUAGCCGUGGUGACAUGAAGUCAUGCGACCGUGAUUUAGUUGAGUUUAUAGCCUAACAUUAGCUUUUUACUUAACCUUUACUUAACCUUGCAAUGUUAACUUCCGGGUUGGCCUACAAAAACACUUCAUCACUGCUCUACUCUGUUGUUGAGACUAGUCAACUGCCGCUUUGAGUUUAAAGUAUAAUGUUUGUAUUUGUGAUAUAACAAAAGCAUUGACUUUUUGUAUUAUUGUGAAUGUUGACCCAUCAGAUGUUGGUAAAGCUGCAAAAGGAACAGAGGAUAUGAGUUUCCUCCUGGAUGUUUCUUCCUUUUCAAUCUGCAGUCUAGAGCCUCUUAUUUAUCCUUCUCUCUUAAAGUUCUAUCAAUUACCUUCAUCAUCAGAGAGCGUGUAAUUAUUGAAAUGUAGUGAAUACUUAACAUGAUCUAACCUUUCUUAUGUUAUAUCAAAGUCAUUUCAUAUCAGAAUGCUAUCGCCAUUUUGGCAAUCAUUUGGCUGUAAAGUUAUUCAAUUAAAUAAGUUGUGUUGGUGA